GCAGUGCUAUACAUGUAUAUAGACACGGGUCAGUCAGGGUCACUCACCCCCUCAUCGAGUUCAGACAUAUAAGUAAUAUUUAAUCUGGUCAUUUAUAUUAGUUUCAAACAAGAAUGUUGUUUGAUGGUCGGUGAAACGAUGUUAUGGUUUAAAUGACCCCCAGAGUUGAACAAGGCUCAAUGGGGACCGCACCAUUCUUGCCUGUUCUCUGUUGCCAAUCCUAAUCCUGAUAAAGAGUUGUAAAUAUGGACGCGGAAGGAGGGACGCAUGUAGGGGGAAAUGAAGGAAAAUUUCCGUCGAGGUUCGUCCCGCGAAGCGCUACAGAAGAAGACGACAGUAUGGAAUCGCCCCAAUUUGAAAAUUCUUUCAAACCAAGCUUCGAAAGGAAUAAUCUUCGAAGCGCGAUCAGAAAUCAGGAGGCGCAAAGUUAUGGCUCAGCUGACGAGUCUUCGUCGUCGGACGACCAGCUACUCAUCCCAAAGAGUGAGCGAACUUCCUCCAGAGUGCAGGGUUGUGAGUCAAGUGAGACAGAGCUGGGGAACGUAGACCACUGUCAUCUACCCAGGACUGACCAGAAAAACUUAUCAACUGCUAGAAAACAGCUCAUUGUUGUUUGUGUUUUGAGUGGCAUGUUCAUGAUAGGAGAAAUUGUAGGUGGAAUCUACUCCAACAGUCUUGCACUUCUCACAGAUGCAACACAUUUAGCCAGCGAUUUGGCAAGUUUCAUCAUCAGUUUAUUUGCUCUUUUUGCUACCACAAAAGCCCCCACAGUUCGCAUGACAUUUGGCUACCACAGGGCAGAGGUAGUUGGUGCUCUAGUGAGUGUGUUACUGAUCUGGGUGGCUACAGGAGUGCUGCUGUACUUGGCUGUGGACAGGGUGAUGCACAACCACUAUGAAAUCAUGGGAGAUGACAUGAUCAUCACUGCUGGCUGUGGGGUAGCUUUUAAUAUGAUCAUGGGACUGGUGCUACAUUCAGAGUCUUUUGCAUGCAAAUUCAAUAUAUCAUUUGGUCAUGGUCAUAGUCAUGGAGGUGGUCAUGGUCAUAGUCAUGGAGGUGGUCAUGGUCAUAGUCAUGGAGGUGGUCAUAGUCAUGGUGAUUAUGAUGGUCAUGGUCAGCAGAAAAAAUCAAAGAAAAACCUUGUGAUCCGAGCAGCGUUUAUUCAUAUCCUUGGAGAUCUAAUACAAAGUGUAGGAGUGCUCAUUGCAGCUUAUAUUAUUAGGUAUAAGCCAGAAUACAAGAUAGCUGAUCCUAUCUGUACAUUUAUCUUCUCUAUACUAGUAUUAUUUACCACAAUAACAGUGCUACGUGAUGCAUAUUAUUUAAUUAUGGAAGGUAUGUGAUAUGAGUGACUAAAAUAUCUAUUGAUUUGAUCAAAACAACAGAUGUUUAAUACUGUCAGU